UCGCGUAGUGUUGUGGUCGACUUCGACAGCAGACCUCUUUGUUUGUUCAGAGGGAUCGAGGUUUCUUGCGCGUCAAAACCUCGAAGCUGUGGUUGAGCGCUGGACCGGCGAUGAACCUGUUGGCGGUGAUGGGGUUGAUUUUCUGCCGGAUAUGCUCGGCCAGGCAUGUGGGGCGCCGGGCUCCUGUCCCCGCCAAGAUAACCACCAUCGAAGAUGCAUUUAGCUGUUGGAUUAUCUGGGUAAUGUUCAUUUUAGGAUUGAUUUUUAUAUGUUCGGGUCAAAGCAUCGUUCAAAAAUCAUUUCAGAAUCAUAAUUUACGAUUGAUUAUUCUAUGAAAAGCACCUUGUCUGAAUCAUCGCGUAAAAUUCAUCAACCUUAUCAGCUAGUCAUGCCACACGUGCCACUACAGAUUGUAAGUUGGAAAGGAAGAGGUAUGAAGUGAACC